AUGCGUGCCGCCGGCACCCUCCUCGCUCUUGUUAGCACACUCGCCCUGGCCUCAAAAUGCCCCUCUCGCCUCUACUCGGAAUGGCUCGCCUCUUCCUUUGUCGAUCGUAAGACCGUCGUCGACGCUGGCUAUGGUCCUGCCGUCCUGUACGACGGCAUCGCCCGCGCGGCCGCCCAUGUCGACAAUGCGACCCUGCUCCGCGCCGCUGAGACGGCCGUGUCUUCCCUUGUCUCAGAAGACGGCGUUCUCGACGGCUGGGAUCCGGAGUGGUACUCCCUUGACGACAUCCGCAUCGGCAACAACCUCCUCUGGUUCUACCAGCGCACCAAUGAAACCAAGUACAAGGUCGCUGCCGACGGCUUACGGCAGCAGCUGAACCGCUGGCCGAGGACCCGAGCGGCGGGUUCUGGCAUCAUGUGGCUGGACGGGAUCUACAUGGCGGACACGUUUUAUGCGACAUACGUCUCGCUGUUUGAGCAGCAGAACACAACGGCGUGGAACGAAAUUGCGUUGCAGUUUGACCUGAUUGAAGAGCACACGCGCAAUCACACGAGCAAUUUGCUCGUCCAUGGAUACGAUGAGGUCAAGGACGCUGUGUGGGCGGAUCCCGUCACCGGCGCGAGUCCCUUGGUUUGGAACCGCGCCGUAGGAUGGUACUUUAUGGCGCUUGUCGAUACCCUGCAGGUUUACCCCAAGGAGCACCCUGCCUACAAGCGGCUGCUGAACUACUUCGUCACGUUAGCGGAUGGGUUGGAGAGAAGUCAGGAUGAGGGGGGUGGGUGGUGGUUGAUCAUGAACGAGGGGUAUGAGGCCCGCGAGGGCAACUAUAUCGAGUCAAGCGCCGCAGCCAUGUUCUCGUAUGGCCUGCUACGGGGCGUGCGGGACGGGCUUCUCCAGGACAAGUACAAGGACGUCGGGUUGAAGGCAUAUGAUUUGUUGACCAGCGACUUCAUCCGGGAUGACAAGAACGGGUCCAUCAGCUUUUUGGGCACCGUUCGUGUGGGUAGCUUGAACUCGAAUGCGAGCUUUGAGUACUACGUCAGCAUUCCAGUUGUUGAAAAUGACGCUCGUGGUGGAGGUUCGUUCAUGUUCGCAGCGAUCGAGGCCGAGCAAGCCUAG